UGACACCUCCACUGCGGGGCUCGAUUCAUGUGGAAUUAACAAACACAACCACGACUUUGACAAUAGACUACUUGCACAGCGUUCGACACACUACAAUUCGUAUCGAAAACAUGAUAGCAGCAAGUUCAAACGGUUUUCUACAUGCAAUUCGGAAAACCCUCUCUUAUUCAACUCUCCUCUUCACAGCUCCAGUAGUGCUACUGAAUCGGUUUACUUCCGUUGUAAAUGCGCAGGCGCCAGAGAUGCGAUCAAUCUGAUAGAAGUUCUCAUGACGCAAUAGCAGGGACAGCUGCAAACUAUCUCAGCGAAAAUGGCUGUGGAGAAGCGCUUGGCAUUCUCUAUUGUGCAGUUCCUGCGAGAUCAAACUCACUGUGGUGCUUUGAAUUCCGAUGAGCAGGAAAGCCUCGAAGUUGCAAUACAAUGUUUGGAGACCACCUUCAAGAUCAACUCCAGUGACUGUCAUCUCGCAGCACCACAACCUCUCACUGAAAUAUUCCUCAAUUCUCUCCUCAAGAAUGAUCAGAAUAACCCGGAGCCACCAGAGACGUCCCCAUCACCAGAAGACACAGAGAGGGCAGAACAACUGAAGAAUGAAGGGAAUAAUCACAUGAAAGAGGAGAACUACAGCUGUGCGGUGGAAUGCUACUCAAAAGCCAUCAAUCUGGACCUCCGAAACGCUGUCUACUACUGUAACAGGGCUGCAGCCCACAGUAGACUGGGUAACUACACAGAAGCAACGGGGGACUGUGAGAGGGCCAUAGGGAUCGACCCCAGCUACAGUAAAGCCUAUGGGAGAAUGGGAUUGGCAUUUACUGCUAUGAAUAAGUUCCCAGAGGCCAUCUCCUACUUUAAGAAAGCUCUGGUGUUAGAUCCAGAGAACGACACCUACAAAUCCAACCUGAAGAUUGCUGAGCAAAAGCAAAAAGAGGCAGUCAGUCCUAUAGCUACGGGACUGGGAUUUGACAUGGCCAGCCUCAUCAACAACCCUGCCUUCAUCAGCAUGGCCGCCAGUGUGAUGCAGAACCAGCAAGUGCAACAGCUUAUGUCAGGGAUGAUGUCCAAUGCAGUGGGGGGUCCAGCAGCAGGAGUGGGAGGACUGUCAGACAUCUCCAGCCUGAUUGAAGCCGGUCAGCAGUUUGCCCAGCAGAUCCAGCAUCAGAACCCAGAGUUGAUCGAACAGCUGAGGCACCACAUCCGCAGCCGCUCCUUCAGUGGCAGCGCUGAGGAGCACUCGUGAUCCACACAGGAAGGGCAACCAUAUGACGUGAUUACAAUCUCUACACCCAUUCCUUAAACUCACAUCACCGGCAGAGCUGGAAUGAAGGGACAGAUAGAGAUGAGGACGAUGGCACUUCACUGGGACUGGGUCUUCAGAGAGGAGAGGAAACAUUUUACACACCCAAUCAGGAGACAGAGUAUCUAACACAUUCUAUGUAGACUGAACAAAAAUAUGAACACAACAUGUAAAGUGUUGGUCCCAUGAUUUCAUGAGGUAAAAUAAAAGAUCCCUGAAAUGUUCCAUACGCACAAAAAAGCUUAUUUCUCUCAAAUGUUGUGUCCAAAUUUGUUUACGUCCCUAUUAGUGAGCAUUUCUCCUUUGCCAAGAUGAUCCAUCCACCUGACAGGUGUGGCAUAUCAAGAAGCUGAUUAAACAGCAUGAUCAUUACACAGGUGCAACUUGU